GUCACAGCACACACCAACUCUCUAGAUUUUUUGGACUUCAUAUUUCAGAGGAAUUCCAAAUCCUGUUGGACUUUCAUCUGUCAUAUUUCUGAUUUUUCUGAAAGAGAGCUGCAUUUUCGCUGAGGAAAGCAAUAAGCCAUACAAGGAAUUUUUAUGCUGUAAAGGUUCAAUAGUUUGUUUGACAUUAUGAUUACAGUAAUGGAUUCUGUAAGAGGCCCUAUGAACAACAACUCAGAGAAGUGGUUAUUGGAUUCUAAAUUCUGGCAUGCCUGCGCUGGUGGCAUGGUUCAAAUGCCACACAUCAACUCUAAAAUCUUCUACUUCCCUCAGGGACAUGCUGAGUGUGCCCAUGGGAAAGUAGAUUUUGGGAAUUCUAGAAUUCCUCCACUCAUUCUUUCCAGGAUAUCUGCUAUUAGAUAUAUGGCAGAUCAUGAAACGGAUGAGGUUUAUGCGAAAAUGAAGCUGAUACCAAUAAGAGAGAAUGCUUUUGAUCUUGAGGAUGGGUUUGUGGAAAACAAUGGAACAGUUGAGAAUCCGGAAAAACCCACAUCAUUUGCCAAGACAUUGACCCAAUCUGAUGCUAACAAUGGGGGAGGGUUCUCCGUGCCUCGUUACUGCGCAGAGACUAUCUUCCCACGCUUGGAUUACUCUGCUGAGCCUCCUGUUCAGAACAUUCUUGCAAAGGAUGUGCACGGUGAGACGUGGAAGUUUAGGCAUAUUUAUAGAGGUACUCCUCGUCGUCACCUCUUGACAACAGGAUGGAGUAAUUUUGUGAACCAGAAGAAGCUUGUUGCCGGAGAUUCUAUUGUGUUUUUCAGAGCAGAAAGUGGGGAUCUUUGUGUUGGAAUUAGAAGGGCUAAAAGAGGAAUUGGUGGUGGACCUGAAUACCCUUCUGGAUGGAACCCUGCAGCUGAAAAUUCUGGCUCUCAUUAUGGGCGUUAUUCUGGCUUCCCAAGGGAGAAUGGCAAUAACUUGAUGGAAAGAAAUUCUAGUGGCGAGUGGAGAGGUAAAAUCAGGGCUGAAUAUGUUAUUGAAGCUGCAACUCUUGCUGCCAGUGGCCAGCCCUUUGAGGUUGUGUACUAUCCUCGUGCAAGCACACCAGAGUUUUGUGUUAAGGCCACAUCUGUUAGAGCUGCAAUGCAAAUUCAAUGGUGCUCAGGAAUGAGGUUCAAAAUGCCUUUUGAAACUGAGGAUUCUUCUCGGAUAAGCUGGUUCAUGGGAACCAUAUCUUAUGUUCAGGUUGCAGAUCCCAGCCGAUGGCCUGAGUCUCCAUGGCGCCUUCUGCAGGUUUCAUGGGACGAGCCAGAUCUGCUCCAAAAUGUGAAACGUGUUAGCCCAUGGUUGGUCGAAUUGGUAUCAAGCAUACCAGCCAUCCAUCUUUCUCCCUUCUCUCCGCCAAGAAAGAAGCUGCGACUUCAACAUAACCCAGACUAUUCCCUUGUUAGCCAACUUCCAAUGCCUUCAGUUUGUAGCAACUUCCUAAAUUCGAGCAACCCCUUAUGUAGUGUAUCAGACAAAAUAUCAGCGGGCAUACAGGGAGCCAGGCAAGCUCAAUUUGGACUAUCUUCAUCAGAUGUUUUCUUCAACAAACUUCAUUCGGGUAUGUUUCCAGUUGGUUUUCAAAAACUUGGUCAUUUUGCCCCUUCCGGAAUCCCUGAGGGCAACUUCAUGCACAUGGCUGAAAGCAAUGAGAAUAUCACUUGUUGUCUGACAAAGGGAAUUCCCUCCCAGAGUUUGAAGGGCAAUGGUGAGAUAAAGACGCCUCACAUAUUUUUGUUUGGUCAGCUAAUUCUUACAGAGCAACAGAUGUCUAAGAGCUCCUCUGGUGAUUGUAGUUCAUCAGAUGGGCAUCCAGAAAAAAAAGGAAAUUGUUCUGAUGGCUCUGGCUCUGCAUUACAUCGCAAUGGUUCAGUGGAAAAUUCAUCUGAUGAAGGGUCUCCCUGGAACAAAGAUCAUCAGAAAAGCAAUGUUAGUUUGGAGACAAGUUAUUGCAAAGUGUUCAUUGAAUCGGGGGAUGUGGGGACCCUUGAUCUCUCUGUCCUUGGAUCAUACAAAGAAUUGUAUGGAAAGUUGGCCGACAUGUUUGGCUUGGAAAAUUCUGAGAUGCUGAGAAAUGUGCUCUACGGGGAUGCAGAAGGUGCUAUUAAACACACUGAAGAUGAACCCUUCAGUGAGUUUUUGAAGACAGCUAGAAGACUUUAUAUGGGCUGAGGUCCAUAACUGUGAUGUUCAGGACCAAAUGGAUCUUGAAGAUACCAUAGAAGUAAAUGAUCUUCUCUGGUACAUAACCGUACUCGUAGAUUCCGUCAAUGAAAAUGUAGGAAGAUAGAGAAUGAGAAACUCUCCUUUAUUGACAUUAUUGUACAGUUGCUUUUCUUGAUCUUUCUUUUGAUGUUUCAAUUUCUUGUAGUAAAUCCGGGUUAAAUCCCUCUCCACCAAAUUGUGGAUUAUUCUAAUUCAAUUUCAAGUUAUUUUUCUAGGGACCUGGUUAUGUAUUCUUUCUAAAAGCCAGAUUCCAGCCU